UUCCAUUUAACGCUCCUUUUUUAAGGGAAUCUUUCUCUGCAUCCACAUGUACCAUCCUGAUUUCACGCUUUUUUUAAGGUCUAUGCACUAUAUAGACUGCCUCAUCCCCAAUGCUUUGAUAUAUGUAAACUAAUAUUAAAUGCCAUGCUGCUACCCAGCCAUAACAAUUCAUCUUUUUAUUUUAUCAACCAAAAAAAAUCAAAUGCUUCAUUUCUACCUUCUAAAUUCCACGUCGCAUUAUAAUUGUCGCAUUAUUAGAAAUUGGUACCAACUUUGUAAAUGAGUUCCUAUCCAUCCAUGCAAUGCAACAACAUUAAUACCCACUCUCUUUCGCUGGUCCUUUCUCGUUCAGUUUCAUUCUGGUGCGAGCAUAAAGAGUAUUCUGGGGCCUGCUGGGUACCUUCAUUCCUCCCAUAGCCACCGUUAUCAAAAGCGACUUGGAGCAUGGAUGUUAAUAUUAAUGUUCGUUCACAAAGAGGUGGCAACAGAGAGACCAGCCCAGACCGUGCCAAAAUAUGCAGGUUGAAGCAUAAAGUGAAACCCUCCAGAAAAGUUCAAGUCGUGUACUACCUCUCCCGAAACGGCCUUUUGGAGCACCCCCAUUUCAUGGAGGUCACCCUUUUGCCUAAUCAACCUCUCCGUUUAAAAGAUGUCUUCGAUCGGCUCAUGGCUCUCCGUGGGAGUGGCAUGCCUUUGCAAUAUUCAUGGUCUAGUAAAAGAAACUACAAGAGCGGUUAUGUGUGGUAUGACUUGGCUCUGAAGGAUAUAAUACAUCCCGCAGAAGGAGGCGAAUACGUGCUCAAAGGUUCUGAGCUCGUCGAAGGAUGCUCUGAGAGGUUCAAUGUGAGCAACAAACAGGGAAUCCAUCAGCAGGGAGAGGGAAAUUACAGCUAUAGUUACGAUUCAAGGAGCAAGGCGUUGGGUGUGUGCAACAAGACGCAGCAGAAGGAGCGUGAGGAGUACGAGGAUUACGAGGAGGGAGAGAAAACAAGCUACACGAGUUCCACCACCACCCCACACUCGCGUUGCUCGAGAGGCGUGUCGACGGAAGAACUGGUUUACGAAGAGGAGAACAACAACGGGGGAAACGCAACGAAGGUAGUUGUUGGUGCGAAAACAAGGAACGAUAAUGAUAAGAAUUUGGGAGGCGGUGAGGGUGACGCGCGGAGUGAGAAGGUGAAACGGAGGGAGGAUGGGGAUGGGUCUGUAUCGAGCCGUUACUCCGUUCUGCUGCAACUGAUAGCGUGUGGGAGCGCGGGGACGGAGUUGAAGGGGAAGCAGGGGCCGCGGCUGAGCGAUGUGGGGACCAAAGAGAGGGAAAGGGAGAAGAAGAGUUUGUUUUGGGAAGAGGGUGAUAGUGAGAUAGUGAAUUGCGUGUCGGAGAAUCCGAGGAUGUUGGGGAAUUUGCAGGCAGAAGAGAAGGAGUACUUCAGUGGGAGCUUGGUAGAGUCAAUGAAAGCGAACCGAGUGGCGUUCCAGGGGGAGCCUGUGCUGAAGAAGUCCAAUUCCUACAACGAAGAAAGGAGAAGUAGGCUUGGGAUGGAGGAGGUGAAGGCGAAGGUGGUGGUGGAGGAGGAGGAGAAGAGGGUGGUGAAAGGAGGAGGAGUGAAAGAGAAAUGCAUCCCUCUGAUGAAAUCUCCGAAACAGAAUAGUGGUAGGAAAUGAUGUGGUCACGUGAAUCUAUAUUUUUAAGUACAGCAUUUAAUUAGGGAUUAAGGGCUGAUUAUUGCCUGCAUCAUUAA